AUGGCGCCCCAGCCCCCGUUAAUGGUGCCCAGAAUCACCACCAGAGGCGCCCCGGCCCCGUUAAUGGUGCCCCAGCCCCCCUCGGAGGUGCCCAGAAUCGCCACCAGGGGCACCCCGGCCCCCGUUAAUGGCGCCCCAGCCCCCGUUAAUGCCUGGACAGCUAGACUGACACACAGCGUCCAGGAACCACGGGGCUCUCGUCAGCGCCCAGCGCCGCCAAGGCAGAGGCGCAGCAGGACCGCCCUGGGCUCAGAUACGGGGGGGGGGCCCUACAUGCCCGCCGCCGCCCCGCCCCCGCCCCAGGGCUGGCAGCCCUCACAGCGAGAAGCACGCAGCCCGGCCGACUCCCCAGAACUCACCGGCAGAGCCUCAGCGGCGGCGGCCCGGCAGAAUGAUGCAAGCAGAGAAAAGCAUGAGCGGAAGCGGAAGGGCGGGCCCGGCCGGCGGCGCAGCCAAUCAGCACGCAGGGCAGAGGCCGCCCAACAAGGCGGCGACCGAUUGGCCGGACAGCUGGGGGGAGGGGGGAGUGACUGCCCAGGUUCCCGCUACUUAGCAUCUGGCCCGGAGCAGGCUGCGGGCCCCAAGCGCUGGGCUUCCUCGGGGGCUUCUCCCGGCCCACGGGGCCCCAGCUCCCACCGCUUGCCUGCCCGGCGUGACCGGGCCAUUAUCACUUAUGGGGCUUCAGAGGCUCAUCCUCCCCCUGCAUUGUUAGCCCAGGCUCCCUGGGGCCUCGAGCCCCUCAGUUCUCAGGUGCUGGGGCAGCAGCCAGGACCUGGGCGGCUCUUUGGGGGGGGGGGGGGCGUGGGCCAGCCUCGAGCCGCCAUCCUGGCCUCCAGACCGGGCAGCCAGGCCCUCCUCGUGUCCCUUUCCUGCGGCCUCUUCACAUCCCUGUGGCCUUCGGGGCCCGGCUCCCCGUCUGACAACGGCAGGGCCCUCCCCGAGGCGCCCACAAAUCAACGGCCCCGAGCAACAAGUUCUGGGUCUGUGGCUCCAGGGGUUCGGGAGGGCCUGGCCCAGACUCCGCGGCAGGACGACGCCUCGUUGGUUCAGAAGGUCUGGCGCCCCCAGAGAGACGCAGGAGCCGCCUCUGCCGGCGACUCUGAGGACGACGCUUGGCGGGGUCUCCGGCCUCUGGGCGCUCGCCGGGCCGUCAGCGGGGGCAGGGCCUUCGGACCCCACCGAUCCUAA